CCAACCAAUCCCCCUCUUCUCUCACUAUAUCCAUUCUUGCUCUCUCUCUCUCUCUCAACGUCCGGUCUCUCAUUCUACUGUGCCUACCCGAGUUCCCAAAACCCAAUUUUGUGGCUGAAAUUCUUAAGGGAUGGAGGGAACCAGAAAGUUGUUAGUAGACAAAGUAAAUGAGUUUGCAAACUCAGGAGGAGGAGGAGGAGAUCUACAACCAACAAAAGAGAGCAUAGCCAACUUCUUUCAAAAAAUACUCGAAUAUCUCCUCCACACCUUCGAUCCUGUCUGGGGUUUCUUUGUCCAAAUAUUCGACGGCAUGAACUUUGUUGAGAGCAUAGCCAACUUCUUUCAAAAAAUACUUGAAUAUCUCCUCCACGCCUUCGAUCCUGUCUGGGGUUUCUUUGUCCAAACAUUCGACGGCAUCAGCUGGGGUUCCUUCGUUGAGAGCGUAGGCAACUUCUUUCAAAAAUUACUCGAAUAUCUCCUCCACGCCUUCGAUCCCGUCUGGGGCUUCUUUGUCCAAACGUUCGACGGCGUCAGCUGGGGUUCCUUUGUUGAAAAAUUCGACAGCAUCUGGGGUCUCUUAGUUGAGAAAUGGAGCUUGAUCCAGCCCGAUUCUGAGACCCUGCACCAUUGGCUCCGUGUUGGGCUCACUCGGUUCCUGCCCAUCGCCCUCCUCCUCCUCUUGCUCUCUCUGUGUGCCUAUUCCCGCUGCUUCUGCUUCCCCAGCUUCCUCGGCGGCUGCUUCCGCGGCCUUCUCCUGCUUGCUGCUCCGGCUGCUUCGCGCUUCCUACGCGGCACGGGCAAGAUGAUGAAGGCACCAGGCAGGAUGGGUGUCACCAUGCUGAGGGCAUCCUUUGAGGCUAACCCUCUGGGUUACUUCCGCGCCCUCCGUGCCGGCGGGCCUCACCUUUCCUAAUCCAUAUUCGGUCGAUCGCCUCCUCAGAAGGAAAACGUAUCACCUAUUUAAUUAGCGUAUAAGAGCUACUAUCUACAUAUAGAUUUUUCUUUCUACUUCAAUUAGUUAAUUUGGUCAUGUGUAGAGGUUGUUUCUAGACGGAGAAGCCGAUGCGUGGUUCGGAUGGAGGUUCAGAGUCCGUUUAUGUGUGAAGGUUUAUUGCGUUGUAUAGUUAGUUACAUGGUAAAAGGCUUGGUGAGAUGAUGAUUUGUGCUCUGCGUCGUACGAUAUAUAUCAUGCAUGUUUUGAGAAAUUUCCUUUGGAAGAUGCUCAUAAAUUAAUGGGAGAGCUUACGUUCACAUUAACGCGGCUGCUUCUGCACUCACGAUGGUUAAUACUCCUAGCAAUAUCCGAGAGGUCUAAAGCUGUUUGGAUUGAUUUCUGUGAAUUAUCCUUUAGAAAAAAAACUUUACGAAUAAAGGUAUACGUACCAUUCAAAGGAUCACAACCGCGAAAGGCUAGCAUUUGUGAAAAAGCAUGACGAGAGAUCGAGGAAGGAAUCUAAAAAGAAAAAGAAAAAGAAAAAGAAAAAG